AUGAAACAAAUGUCCCAAUUAAUGGCUUCUGACAUGGAUUAUGAAAGGCCAAACGUAGAGACCAUCAAGUGCGUUGUGGUGGGGGACAACGCCGUGGGCAAGACCAGGCUCAUCUGCGCCCGGGCCUGCAAUGCCACCCUCACCCAGUACCAGCUGCUCGCCACCCAUGUGCCCACGGUGUGGGCCAUCGACCAGUAUCGGGUAUGCCAGGAGGUUCUGGAACGCUCCCGAGAUGUGGUAGACGACGUCAGCGUCUCCCUGCGCCUUUGGGACACCUUCGGAGACCACCACAAAGACCGCCGCUUCGCUUACGGGAGGUCCGACGUGGUGGUUCUGUGCUUCUCCAUCGCCAACCCUAAUUCCCUUCACCAUGUCAAGACCAUGUGGUACCCAGAGAUCAAGCACUUCUGCCCCCGGGCACCUGUCAUCUUGGUGGGCUGCCAGCUGGACCUGCGCUAUGCCGACCUGGAGGCUGUCAACAGGGCCAGGCGGCCCUUGGCUAGGCCUAUCAAGCCCAAUGAGAUUCUCCCCCCCGAGAAGGGGAGGGAGGUGGCCAAGGAGCUGGGCAUCCCCUACUACGAGACCAGCGUGGUGGCCCAGUUCGGCAUCAAGGACGUCUUCGACAACGCCAUCCGCGCGGCCCUCAUCUCCCGCCGCCACCUGCAGUUCUGGAAGUCCCACCUCCGCAACGUGCAGCGGCCCCUGCUGCAGGCGCCCUUCCUGCCCCCCAAGCCGCCGCCCCCCAUCAUCGUGGUGCCCGACCCCCCCUCCAGCAGCGAGGAGUGCCCCGCCCACCUCCUGGAGGACCCGCUGUGCGCGGACGUCAUCCUGGUGCUGCAGGAGCGGGUGCGCAUCUUCGCCCACAAGAUCUACCUCUCCACGUCCUCCUCCAAGUUCUACGACCUGUUCCUCAUGGACCUGAGCGACGGGGAGCUGGGGGGCCCCUCGGGGCCGGGGGGCCCCCGCCCAGAGGACCCCCGGGCUCACCCCGAUCCACACCACCACCAUCACCACCACCACCACGGCCGGGACUUCCUGCUCCGGGCAGCCAGCUUCGACGUGUGCGAGAGCGUGGAGGACGGGGCGGGCUCGGGCCCCGCCGGGCUCCGGGCCUCCACCAGUGACGGCAUCUUACGGGGCAACGGGACAGGCUACCUGCCCGGGAGAGGCCGCGUGCUGUCCUCCUGGAGCCGGGCUUUCCUGAGCAUCCAGGAGGAGAUGGCGGAAGACCCGCUGACCUACAAAUCCAGACUGAUGGUGGUGGUCAAAAUGGACAGCUCCAUCCAGCCGGGGCCUUUCCGGGCCGUUCUCAAGUACCUGUACACGGGGGAGCUGGACGAGAAGGAGCGGGACCUCAUGCACAUCGCCCACAUCGCCGAGCUGCUGGAGGUCUUCGACCUGCGCAUGAUGGUGGCCAACAUCCUCAACAACGAGGCCUUCAUGAACCAGGAGAUCACCAAGGCCUUCCACGUCCGCCGCACCAACCGGGUGAAGGAGUGCUUGGCCAAGGGCACCUUCUCAGACGUGACCUUCAUCCUGGACGACGGCACCAUCAGCGCCCACAAGCCCCUGUUGAUUUCCAGCUGUGACUGGAUGGCUGCCAUGUUCGGGGGGCCGUUUGUGGAGAGUUCCACCAGGGAGGUAGUGUUCCCGCACACGAGCAGGAGCUGCAUGCGGGCGGUGCUGGAGUACCUGUACACAGGCAUGUUCACCUCCAGCCCCGACCUGGACGACAUGAAGCUCAUCAUCCUGGCCAACCGCCUCUGCCUGCCCCACCUGGUGGCCCUCACAGAGCAGUACACCGUGACCGGGCUGAUGGAAGCCACGCAGAUGAUGGUGGACAUCGAUGGGGACGUCCUUGUGUUCCUGGAACUGGCUCAGUUCCACUGCGCGUAUCAGUUGGCGGACUGGUGUCUCCACCACAUCUGCACCAACUACAACAACGUGUGCCGCAAGUUCCCGCGAGACAUGAAGGCCAUGUCCCCAGAAAACCAGGAAUAUUUUGAGAAGCACCGUUGGCCGCCUGUGUGGUACCUGAAGGAGGAAGACCACUACCAGCGGGCCCGGAAGGAGCGUGAGAAGGAGGACUAUCUCCACCUGAAGCGGCAGCCCAAGCGGCGGUGGCUGUUCUGGAACAGCCCCUCCUCCCCGUCCUCCCCUGCGGCCUCCUCGGCGUCCCCCUCUUCCUCCUCCGCCGUGGUCUGA